AUGGCCAGCUACGGGUCGAUCGCGCCGCGGACGGCGCUGGGCAAGGCGCUGACGAUGGGCUACGCGGUGCUGGGCAUCCCGCUGAUGCUGGUCUACCUGUCGUCGGUGGGCGCGCUGCUGUCGCGCUGCGUUCGCGGCGCCCUGGCGAGGACGCUCUGCUGCUGCCUCUGCUCCAACUGCGGCUACUGCUGCUACGACGAGGCGCGCAUGCAGGAGAAGGAGCGCCGCAUGCGCAAGAAGCGCAUGCAGCAGAUGGAGCUCAUACAGCAGCAGCAGCAGCAGCAGCAGCUGGAGCCGUUCUACGUGCGCUCGUCGUCGUCGGUGACGGCGUUCACCACGUCGACCAGCAGCACGCACAACAACCUGCACUCGCCCGCUCGGGACGGCGACCUGGUCAAGGGCCCGCACCACGACUACGCCGCGGGACUCGACGCGGCGCUAGACGGGCCCACCGACGCGCGCAGCGGGUCGUCGUCGCCGGUGCAGGCGUCGCAGCGGGCGCACUGCGGCAGCAUCUUGGCGCCCGUGGCGCUCUGCCUGCUGCUGAUGGUGUGCUACAUCUGCGCCGGCGCCGCCGUGCUCAACCGCCUCGAGCACUGGUCCUUCCUGGACGGCUCCUACUUCUGCUUCAUGAGCCUCAGCACCAUCGGCUUCGGAGACCUCCUGCCCGGCGUCUCACCGCCGCGGGCCGCCAACAUCACAGCCUACGGCGGACGCGACGCCAACGGCACCAUCUGGUUCUGCUCCAUCUACAUCCUGACGGGCAUGGCGCUGACGGCCAUGUGCUUCAACAUCCUGCACGACGAGAUCGUGCACCGGCUGCGGCACCACAUGGGGCAGAUAGCGCGGGAGGCGGCGGCGGCGGUCGAGACGCUGUGCAGCGGCGGGACGCCCACGUCACUGUUCGCUCCGGGGGCGGACCUGGCGGAGGCAGGGUCGUAUGCGGCCGCCAAAUACAUCGCUGGCCGCACUUCUCUGGGAGGCCCGCUGCUUCCAUCGCUGGCCGUCCUCACACGCACGCUCCCUUACGUGGCCGAGAAAUACAUCGCUGGCCGCACUUCUCCGGGCGGCUCGCGGCUACCAUCGCUGGCCGCCUUCGCGCGCGUGCGUUUGUCAGCACCCAGCAAUUGGCUACGCCAGGAAGCAUUGCGAUUGGUUUUCCCUGGAAAACAGCGACCCCAGCCGACGGCUCCAUUAACUAGCAAGCCUUAUAUGAACCCGGCCGCCGCCGCAAACGACAGUUCUCAUCGGGAAGUGCAGUACGCCCUGUUCCAGCUGCUUGUGGAUGACUCGCCGCACCACUCGAGGUUACCUGGCUGCUCGGCGGAAAUCUUGAGACUUCGCUUGGAGAGACUGAACUUCACUGGACUUGGGAAUAAUUCCGGGACGUGCACCCCACCAUGCACAUUUGGACAUUGGUAUAACCAAACUUUAAUUAUGCAUUACUUCUGA